GGAAAACAGCUACCCCGCAAUCUUUCGGACCGGGAGAGUAUCAGUUACACUUACCUUCACAAACAUAAGGUGGAUGGGCCACACUGCGGCGUAGAAGAUGGACAUUUCCAAACACAAAGCUGUUCAUUGAUAACGGCCGAGGCUAGAGGACUUUUUCACGGGCGGAAUAUCAAUUAGUGUUCGACUGGACAAACAACUCUUCCUGAACAUGCUGAGCUUCCUUCGCCGGACUCUGGGCCGGCGGUCCAUCCGCAAACACGCUGAGAAAACUCGACUACGGGAAGCCCAGCGAGCCACAACACACAUCCCUGCUGCUGGAGAUGCCAAGUCCAUCAUCACCUGCCGAGUGUCUUUGUUAGACGGCACAGACGUCAGUGUUGAAUUGCCGAAAAAAGCCAAAGGUGCAGAGCUGUUUGAACAGAUAAUGUAUCACCUGGACGUUGUCGAGAAAGAUUACUUUGGCCUGCGCUUCAUGGAUUCAGCCCAAGUCCCGCACUGGCUUGAUGUCACCAAAAGCAUCAAAAAGCAAGUCAAAAUUGGACCACCAUAUUGCCUCCAUAUGAGAGUAAAGUUCUAUUCCUCAGAGCCCAACAACUUACACGAGGAACUAACAAGAUACCUUUUUGUACUACAGCUAAAACAGGAUAUUCUCAGUGGCAAGUUAGAGUGCCCAUUCGACACAGCAGUGGAGUUGGCUGCAUAUGCUUUACAAGCUGAAUUGGGUGAUUGUGACCCUGCUGAGCACGGACUUGACCUGGUGUCAGAAUUCCGCUUCAUCCCAAAUCAGACGGAAGAUAUGGAAGCAUCCAUCUACAACAUGUGGAAGGAGUGCAGGGGCCAGACGCCAGCACAAGCUGAGAUAAACUACCUAAAUAAGGCCAAAUGGCUGGAGAUGUAUGGAGUGGACAUGCAUAUGGUCAAGGCACGAGACGGAAAUGAAUACAGCCUAGGUCUGACCCCCACCGGAGUGCUCGUGUUUGAGGGGGAAACUAAGAUUGGCCUGUUCUUCUGGCCCAAGAUCACGCGUCUGGACUUUAAGAAAAGCAAACUCACCCUGGUGGUAGUGGAGGAUGAUGAACAGGUAAUGCAGGAGACAGAAGAGGGGAAAGAACAGGAGCACACAUUUGUUUUCCGCAUGGACCAUCCGAAAGCUUGCAAGCACCUGUGGAAGUGUGCCGUAGAGCACCAUGCCUUCUUCCGCCUACGUGGCCCGGUCCAGAAGAGUUCAGCCCGCUCUGGGUUCAUACGCAUGGGCUCACGUUUCAGAUACAGUGGGAAGACAGAAUAUCAGACAACUAAGGCCAACAAAGCUAGACGAUCUUCCUCGUUUGAAAGAAGACCAAGUCGGCGUUACUCUAGAAGGACCAUGCACAACAGAGGUAAGAGAAUCUGUCCUGUUAACCACAAUAACGGAGUGAGCCCAAGAUUAGAAACAAAGCCCUUCCAAACACGGCCUCCCUGGUCCGGUAUGCCUGUGGUUAGCAGCCCACCGUCUGCACCAGGCCCUAUGGAAAUCGAAACCCUCCCCAGGAGCCCCGGAGGCAGCCAAUCAGACAAGAGGAGUAUGCCCUUGGUGACUGACCUCUUGGAGACGAGCGUAGAUGAGGUUCUUCGGGCCCCUGUUCCCAUGGUGACAGCAGAAAAUGUGGGAGCAGGUGCUGCUCAUACCACCGCCAGCACAGCCGCAGAGGAGACCCUCUCUCUGACCGAGGCUGCAGCUCGGCUCAAGCAACUAGAGAUUGAAAACACUCCAAUGUCUGCUCCAGCCAGAACAAACGUUAACCUCAUCAUGAACAACCAGGAAGAAGUGGCGAAACUGACAGAGAAAAGUUUGAAUAGCGAGGGCAGCAGUCCUGUCCUGAACCAGCUCAGAUGUCCUGAGGAACUCAAGAGCAACAUCCUGAAAGCUCAUGCAGAGGCAGCGCUCAAGGAUUCUAGAGAUGAGUUUGGACUGACUCCAGACAAGAACUGUAACCUGCAGGAGGCAGCAGCCAGACUGAUGGGUCGUGGGGGGCGUAUGGGAAGCACAUCCUCCCUGCCAGUGAGUGGGAGAGCGGAGCGCCAGGAGUCCUGGGACCUGCUCAAGCAGCCUGGCCUGCUGCCCCGCUCUACCAGCAGCCUGGAAGAGAAGGCAGAUGACUUUAUCUCUUCUGUGCCGUUUCUGUCAUCGGAUCCAGUGAAUGAAGCCCAGUCAUCCAAGGUCAAAGUUCAGGAUCCUGAGCCGCUGACAGCCCCUCUGACUGAUAACCUGAUAGACUUCACAGACCCCAUCCCUGUAGUGCCAGCUCCCAAACCCACAAUUACUCCUCGAUGGAUCAUUCCAGCUUCAGCACCUAUAACUGGCACCUUUACUAACGGCCUCCUUGACUGUACAGCAAAGAUGUCAUCAUCUCACCAUCCUGACGGGCCCGCUAUCUCCUCACUCCCACAUCUCUCUCACACUCACAAUGUGAUUGCCGCAAGUAUUGUGGCUCACCCAAUCAAGGACGACAACCACAAGCCCAAAGGCCUACUGACCACUGAACUCUGAGAGCGAAAUCUUGAGCACAUGCCCAGCACCUGUCACUGGACCAUCAAAAGCCCUGACAAUGCAGCCACAGACAACUGGACUCUGGGCAUGCAUGGGGUUGCUGGCUUUUGACAGAUGGCAUCCGCAAAGCAAGAUCUCAGCGCUGAUGACCAAGUAUAAAAGUAAUGAUCUAAGUGCACAAGGGGCUAACAACAGGGUCCAGUGUUUGGGGACCACCAUUCCUUUUAUAACUUUUAUACCUCUUUUGAGUGACUCUAUACUGAAGCACAUGAAUGAUCCAGUCCUGUGUUGUGAUGGGAUGUUUGAUCAUCUAGAAUGUGUGAUCCACCUGCUGUCCUCUUCCUGUUUAGAUCUUCUCUGAUUGGAUGACUGUGAAAGAGCUUCAUUGCAUCAUUUACUGUUUUUAGAACUGGAGUAGUUUUUCCUACAAAAAAAUCUUUUAAGCUUUUUUGCCUUUCUCUUGCUUCGCUUUCUAUGUUUUUAUGAAGUAGCUGCAUUCAUUA